AUGGUCUACACAGCCUCGUUCGCUUUCUUCGAGGCGCUCUGGGAGUACGGCGUCAGCCAUGUCUUCGUCAACCUCGGGUCGGACCAUCCCUCCAUCAUCGAGGCUAUCGUCAAGGGCCAGAACGAGAAGAAAGGACAGUUCCCCAGGAUCAUCACAUGUCCCAAUGAGAUGGUCGCCCUCUCCAUGGCAGACGGAUAUGCCAGACUGACGGGCAAACCUCAAUGCGUCAUCGUACACGUCGACGUCGGGACCCAAGGCCUCGGGGCCGCCGUACACAAUGCCUCAUGCGGUCGCGCGCCUGUCCUCAUUUUCGCCGGCCUAUCGCCUUUCACCAUCGAAGGCGAGAUGCGGGGCAGCAGAACCGAAUACAUCCACUGGAUACAAGACGUGCCGGACCAGAAGCAGAUCGUGGCGCAGUAUUGCCGAUACACUGGCGAGAUCAAGUCGGGCAAGAACGUCAAGCAGAUGGUCAAUCGGGCCUUGUCCUUUGCCAUGAGCGAUCCCAAGGGGCCUGUCUAUCUCUAUGGUGCCCGUGAGCCCAUGGAAGAGGAUCUGACUCCCUACAAGCUGCAGAUGGACUACUGGCAGCCCGUCGAGCCGGCUGCUCUUCCUCCAAAGGGCGUCAAGACGAUUGCUGAAGCCCUAGCCAAUGCUCAAGAGCCGCUCAUCAUCACUGGAUACUCUGGUCGAAACCACGAUGCAGUGCAUGAACUUGUGCGGUUGGCCGACAACGUCAAAGGCAUACGCGUGCUAGACACUGGCGGAUGUGACAUGUGUUUCCCCGCGAACCACCCAGCUUGGCUUGGUCUACGAUACGGUAAUGACCCCGCCAUCAAGUCUGCCGAUGUCAUUCUAGUUCUUGAUUGCGACGUGCCGUGGAUCAACACUCAAUGUCAUCCUAAAGAGAAUGCCAAGAUCCUUCAUAUCGAUGUUGAUCCCCUGAAACAGCAAAUGCCCGUCUUCUACCUAAACGCCAUACAACGCUACCGAGCUGACUCGUAUACCUCAUUGACCCAGCUGAACGAAUACCUCGAGUCGCAGCUCAAGGAAAAGCUUUCUAGCCAGCUCUUUAGCCAGCGGUGGUCAGCGCUGCAGGAGUCGCACAAGAAGAAACUUGAAGGCAUCGCUGGUGAGGCCAACGUUGACGAGAACGGCCAUUUUAGCACGCCAUACCUGUGUUCCCAACUCAAGAAGCUCUGUCCGAAUGACACCAUCUGGGCCAUCGAGGCCGUUACCCAGACUGGAUUUGUUGCGGAUCAGAUCCAGGCCACACUUCCAGGCUCAUGGAUAAACUGUGGUGGUGGAGGUCUUGGUUGGUCUGGAGGUGGCGCGCUUGGUGUCAAGCUCGCGACCGACACAGAAGGCAAGAAGCAAUUUGUAUGCCAGAUUGUUGGCGACGGCACUUAUCUCUUCUCCGUCCCUGGAUCAGUAUACUGGAUUGCGCAACGCUACAACAUCCCCAUUCUUACUGUCGUACUGAACAACAAAGGCUGGAACGCACCGCGAAGGUCUAUGCUACUAGUACAUCCCGACGGAGAGGGCUCCAAGGUCAGCAAUGAGGAGCUCAACAUCAGUUUCGCGCCGACCCCAGAUUACUCAGGCAUCGCCAAGGCGGCAAGUGGUGGACACAUUUGGGCUGCGCAUGCGAGUACUGCGGACGAGCUUAGCAAACUACUUCCAGAAGCCAUCAAGAGUGUACUCAGUGGAACAUCAGCAGUUUUGGACGCACACCUCGAGGGACCGGAGGGCAAAUACGGAGGUGCCCCCUCUUCAUUGAUCCAUCAUUUUGUCUUCCCGAAGAUGCAUCUCAGAUCACCUUUCAUGCACAUGGCUCUUGCCUUUAGUGUAGGCGCAACGGCUGCGUCUAUACCUUGCGAUCCAACCAUAUCAUGUUCACCCACUAUGCCCCCAAGUAAAAUGUCCAUUGACAGUAUCAACUCCACUGCUUUUGCAUUGAUGUACGGAUAUCCUCUUACCUUGUACGCCCAAACUUUCGAGCCGACCCUCCAGGCAGUUGGCGUCAACGCUUUCCAACAUGAACAAAGCCUAUCCACCGAAGAUCUUGAGGUCCUGGUCCGACCGAACGUCGACACACUGUACUCUAAAGCUGCAGUUGAUCUUUCGCAUGCGAAUGUAGUACUGUCUCUCCCUGAUGUUCCCGUGAACAGAUAUUACGUCGUUCCUUUCUAUGACUUGUAUGGGAACAACUUUGCCAACCUCGGGACUGUAGUCCACAGUCUCCCAGGAGAUUACCUUAUCACGGUCACGGGAGAUGACGAGCCAGGCCUUCUAGUGCUCGAUAAAGACAAUUAUGGAGGCUCCAAGUACAAGGGGAUCAUCAAAUCGCCCACUGCUCAAAGCCAUUCAAUCUCAAAUCAAGACGACGAUGGUGAGCGUGUAGGAGAGCCGAUAGCCUCAGCUCUAAUUCUUAGUCUUCUGGGUAAUGGCCAAAUCUCACAUGCUGCUUUCCUCCUUUCAUUCAACUUCAGCGUCGCUCAGACGACCCAGACUCUCCAGCUCUUGGCGCAGCUGAAUGAAGCGAAUCCACCCGUGGAAACAUCGGACCUGGAUCGUGUCAACUCUAUGCUUGCCGCCACUGACAUCAACAAUGGGAACUACACUGCUCCAGCUGGCCUUGACUAUGCCCAAGUCUACGAAAUCAUGGGCAAAGAGUUCAUGUCUCUCCUGGACCCCUCAAGCCAUGCAUUCAACCAAAACGGCUGGUUCAGCCUCCUUCCCAGCAUGAGCGCAGCAUAUCCCACCUACAACGAUCCGGCGCUUCCCGUUACUGCGCAGAUUAAGAUGCAGCUAGCAGCGAAUGAAUCAUACGUCAUGACCUUCUCUGGGAAGCCGCCCGUUACCGGCUUCUGGAGCCUGACGGCAUACGACAGCACGAAUUACGUGGUACCGAUCGAUCUGAACCGAUACGCAUUGGGUGAUCGUAGCAAUUUGACCUACCCAGACGGUACGCUAAUCUACGCCGAUACGGACAGCGACGGAGCAUUCUCGAUCUUGAUCCAGCCGACGGAUGUGGCACCGAGCUCGAACUGGACUAAUAACUGGUUGCCUGCUCCCGUUGGCGGUGGAGAAUUCCCUGUGAAUUUAAGAUGGUAUGGAGUUACUCCGACGCUUUCGAACGAACGCUAUGUGUAUUCCCUCGUUACCAAGCAGGGCAGUGUCUACUGA